GGCAUCUGCAUGAAGAUAUUGCAACAACUUGUCAAAUACACGAUCAACAGUUCGAAUUGUUCUUCCAAGUGAUGCUCUUCACAAUUAAUGAAGGACGAUAUCCUGAAUGAAUCGAAAACGAAAGACUAAUAACUGUGUAGAUUAGACGAAUUCGGACAGAAGGCUUAAUCAGUCAGUUCAACUGUGGAUAUAUUUAACAUCCCCGAUGGAAUGCAAAAUGUUCGCUUCUCGAGCAAUCCUUCGCAUCGAUAUGGACAGCGAGGAACGUGACCUUAGGCAAGGCAAUGCGCACGUUCUCCUCACAAAGGACUGGAAUGAUUGGUUUGACCACCGAGUCGCGAUGCUUCGGGCAAAGUAUGAUGAAGCCCGUGAAGACUACCAGGAGGUUUUCAGCGAUGACAAUGCUCUCUACAGCGACGAAGAUCGGCUACGUGCGCGGGAGCUCCUGGAUAACGUCGACUUCAACGAAGAAUACCUCAAUCAAGCCGUGGCUAUCAUCGAUGUUUUACGAGCCACCAAUAACCCUAAUCGUCAACGCGCUAACGAAGCUGACAACAUGAUGAGAGACCUUGAACGACUAGGGGCUACGGAUCGCCUUGGGGGUGGAGAGAUUGUGGAAGUGCCUCCGGCGCCGCAGUUUGAUUUCAAUUCGAACGGCCGGGAGCAUAGUGACUCCUCGGAGCACUCAAGGUACAUCGAUGAAAUCGGAUUGUCGCGAGACCAUACGACAAAUCAUUCGAGCGAAAGACAUUCACAUCAAAUGGAUCUACGCGUAGACGGACCGAGUGGGUCGAGAGGUCACCUUAUUACCCCAUGGUAUGAGCGUCAAGAAGUGAGAAGCGUUCUAUCGCAGGAGGCGAAGAAAGCCGAAUCCCAGAGUACGGACGAUGACGCGCCGGAAGACCUACUGGAGGACGUAUCGCCGCUCGAUUCGCCCUCUGAUGAGGAUGACUCAUGAACCACCCAAGUGCAUAAGGAUGUAAGGUUGCGAUCGUAAAUAGACCUAGCUAGUUAAUAAUAACUAGGACUCGAAAUCUGUUAUUACUAAAUGGAAAGCUGAAAAACCUGUUCGCGGAAAAACUGUUUGUGUAACAAACCCGUGCUUGUAUUCCUACAGAUUGGAUCAAACGAUGUUCCUCAACAGUGCGGUGCUUUCGUAUUCAUCAUAUAAUACCUUACACAUACGAAGCAUGACGCCAUGCUGCUUUAUCCUACUAUAAUGUCGCAGAAGCUCGUAUUAGGCCGUAGGUCUGCAAAGUUGUCAGAUCGAAAAGAAUAAAUUGAAACAGAUCAUCGAUCGACAUACGGGACGCACUGAUCCCAUCGUGAAAUUUUCAUCGUCAAGAGUGCUCGCUGUUCUGAAGAUAUCACAAUUAUAUACAUUGUAUAUACGUAGUUAA